AUGGGGCUCCUGCUGCUGCUUCUGCCCCUGCUGCUGGUGCAGUCAGAGAUCCAGCAGGACACAGAGCAGGACAGGCUCCGGGUCUUCAUCGUGCCCCACAGCCAUAUGGAUGUGGGUUGGAUCCACAAAAUCCAGGCUGACAUGAAAACGUUCGUGGAUAUCUACUCUUCAGUCAUCAAUGCACUGAAGGCCUCACAGCAACGCAGGUUCAUCGUGGCCGAGCAGAACUUUUUCCGUCUGUGGUGGGAUAAUGCCAUGAUGAGUGAGAAAAAUGAGGUACACAAGCUUGUGGCCGAAGGACGCCUGGAGUUUGUCAUUGGAGGCCAGGUCAUGCCUGAUGAGGCAGUGACCCACAUGGACGACCAGAUCCUGCAACUCACAGAAGGACAUGGGUUUCUCUAUGAGACAUUUGGCAUCCAGCCACAGUUCUCUUGGCAGAUUGACUCAUUUGGUGCAUCUGCCACAACCUCCACGCUGUUUGCCCUGGCAGGCUUAAAUGCCCACGUCAUCUCCCGGAUCGACUAUGACCUGAAGAAGAACAUGGAGAAGACCCAGAACCUGCAGUUUUUGUGGAGAGGAUCCCAGUCCCUGCCUGUGGAGCAGCAAGAAAUCUUCACACACGUCAUGGAUCGCCGCAGCUUCUGCACUGAGCACUUACCUUGGCCAAACCUGUCAGAGUCUCAAUGGAAUGAGUCUUCCAUGUUUCCAGAUUUCCCAACACUCCAGGAAAUACUAGAACCUGAAAUGGAUCUACCCAUUUCUCCAGACAAAGUUGAAAACAUGGCCGAAAAACUGAUAUAUGAUGUGAAGCAGAGGGCUUAUCAGUACCAGACACAGAACUUCCUUUGGUCCUGGGGAUGUGACAGGCAGUUCGUCGACACCUUAUUGCAGUUUGAAAACAUGGACAUCCUGAUCAACUACAUUAACCAAAGGUCAUCCAUGUUUGGGGUAUCAAUGGAAUAUGCCACACUAAAAGAGUACUUUGGUAUCCUCCGUGGUCUCAGAGUCAAUUGGAAAGUCCGUGACCACCGCGACUUCCUCCCCUAUUCCUCAGGAGAACUUCAGGCCUGGACAGGCUUCUACGCAUCCCUCAGUGGGCUCAAGGCCCUGGCGAGGCGAGCCAGCGCCAUGCUGCAUGCCGCCGAAUCCAUGUUCACGCGCCACCUAUGGUCGAAGUACAGCUCAGCCCUGAACGUGUCCUGGGCAUUGCAGCAGCUGCAGCAACUCCGCUGGGCAGUCUCUGAGGUCCAGCAUCACAAUGGGAUUACUGGGACAGAGACCCCCAAGGUAAGAGACAUGUAUGAGGAGCACCUGACAGAGGGCAUGGAGAAUGUACAGGAGGUGAUGGUUUCCAUCGUUAAGGACAAGGGACAAGUUGGCAAUGAUUCAAAUGUUGGGCACAUGGCAGUGAUCUACAACCCUCUGGCCUGGAACAUCACCACCAUCAUCAGCUUCACUGUGGACUUCUCUGACUUCAGUGUCACGGACCAUCUGGGAAAUCCCGUGCCCCCUGAGGUGCAGGCAUCAGAGAAGACUCCAUCCCACUAUGAUGUUUAUGUGCUGACCACCAUCCCAGGUCUGAGUUAUCAGCAUUUCAACAUCCGGUGCAGAAAUGGAGCCCAGAUCUACAUACCUGCUCCAAGGUAUUUUGGCCGAAAGAAAAGGACAGCCAAAGGGCCCAGUGACAAGCACCUGGUAUCCGUGCAGAAUGACUGCUAUACCAUGUUCCUGGACCAGGACACCAAUCUGCUGCACAGCAUCUGGGAGAGAGAAGGAAACAGGACAGUGCACUUGACUCAGGAUUUCCUGGAGUACCAAACCAACAGAGAUACACAAGAUCCUGUUUCUGAUAACUAUGUGUUCACACCCAGUGGUGCUGCUGUAUCAGACUGGGAAGAGGUGACAAUGGAGAUUGUGUCCGGGGAGCUCAUGACUGAGAUCCGCCAGUAUUUCUACAGUGAAGUGGAUGAAGACCCCACCUAUGUCAUCUACUCCCGCCUGGCUCAUGUGCCACCUGACUCCAACACGGGCCUGCUAUGUCAUCGGAUAGAGCAGGAGGUCCAAGUAGGACCCUUGGAAGUCAACACUGAGGUCAUCCUGAGGACCAGCACUGGUCUGGACACCCAGAAGAUUCUCUACUCUGACAACAAUGGUUACCAGAUGCAGCAAAGGAAUUACCAGAUGUACCACUACAACACCAUUGCCAGGAAUUACUACCCCAUGGUGCAAACGGCCUUCAUCCAGGACAAUCAAAGUCGGCUGGUGGUGCUGUCGGAUCAGGCCCACGGUGUGUCCAGCCAGGGCAAUGGGCAAAUAGAGAUCAUGCUGCACCGCUGCCUGUGGAUUGAAAACUACUGGAUGAACGAGGUCAACCUGACGCUGAACGACUCCUCUGUGGUCCGCCCCAUAUUCUGGCUCCUGCUGGGACCCCUGCCGCUCACUACUGCCCUGCGCCACAGGAGUGGACUGGAGCUGCAAUACAGGCCUGUGGUACUGCUGAGAGAGUUAAAGGGUAAGGGCCAGAAUGGGCCAGCCCUUUUACAUCAACAGGCUGUGACGCUGCCCCCGAGCCUCCACUUGCAGAUCCUGAGCAUCCCAGGCUGGCAGUACAGCAACAAUCACCAGGAACAUCUACAGAUGCUGAAGGAAGACCCCAUGGAAGAGAAAAGUCCCAACCUGCAGCGCAUCCUGCUGCGUCUCCACCACUUGUUUGAGAUAAAGGAAGACCCGGUCCUGUCUCAGCCAGUGACCCUGGACCUGAAGUCGGUGUUGCAAGGUCUGGGCAAGGUGAGGAAGGUGAAGGAACGCUCCCUCACGGGCAUCUGGGACAGGAACAGCAUGCCGCACUGGAUCUGGAGUACUCAGGAAAAGUUCUCUGAGAGAGGGUCAGGCAAGGAAGCCCUUCCCAGGACUGUGGGUUCCCCAACAGGAGAUGUCACAGCACACCACACCUGCUGCCCAGGCUGGGGCUCUCUGGGGAACCUCCUCACCUAG